CUUUGGCAGCAUGGUACAAAGGCUAAAGACAGACACUGACUUUCCAAAGGAGCUUGGAUCAGUAGAGGGACUCUCAUCUCAAGGAGAAGGAUGUUGGCUCUCCUCUGGCUCCUAUGCACAUUGGCCCUUAUUGGCCCUGCAACCCAAGAUGUGACCAGUGAUGCCCAGGCAUUUUUACUGGAGUUUCAAAGAGAAGCAGAGCCGCUGUAUCAUGAAAGUGCUCUAGCACAAUGGGAAUACAACACAAAUAUCACAGACGAGAAUGCCCAGAAAAUGAAUGCAGCUGCAGCGAAGUGGUCUGCGUUUUACAAGAAUGCCAGUGACUACUCUGCAAGAUAUCCUCAAGAUCAAGUGACAGACAGUAGGGUGAAAUUACAGCUUAUCCAUCUGGGAAGUAAAGGAUCAGCAGUUCUACCGAACGACAAAUAUACAAGACUGAAUACAAUUCUGAAUGAGAUGAGCACAAUUUACAGUACAGAGACUGUAUGCUCUCCAGAUGGAACACGCUGCCUCGCUUUUGAACCAGGCUUGGACAGUAUCAUGUUAGAGAGCACAGACUAUCAUGAGAGGCUCUGGGUCUGGGAAGGAUGGAGAGCAGAAGCUGGAAAAAAGAUGAGAAAACUUUAUGAAGAAUAUGUUGAUUUGGAGAAUGAGGCUGCUAGACUGAAUGGUUAUGAAGAUUAUGGAGAUUAUUGGAGAGGAAAUUAUGAAACUUUGACUAGUGAUCCCAAAUAUAAAUACACCAGAGACGACUUGAUGGAGGAUGUGGAAAGAACAUUUAAUGAGGUUUUACCACUCUACAAGGAACUACAUGCAUAUGUAAGAAGCAAAUUGCAGCAACAUUAUGGUUCAGAUUAUAUUGAUUCCACUGGACCUCUACCUGCUCAUCUACUAGGUGACAUGUGGGGCAGAUUUUGGACAAAUUUAUACCCUCUUGCAGUCCCAUAUCCAGAUGAAGAAAGCAUUGAUGUUACACCUACGAUGGUUAAGCAGGGAUGGACUGUGGAUAGAAUGUUUAAAGAAGCAGAGAAAUUUUUCAUAUCUGUCGGCCUGUUUCCUCUAAACCAAAACUUCUGGGAUAAUUCUAUGCUUCAGGAACCUGGUGAUGGGAGAAAAGUAGUCUGCCACCCUACAGCCUGGGAUUUGGGGAUGAAGGAUUUUAGAAUAAAAAUGUGCACUAAAAUAAACAUGGAAGACUUUCUCACUGUCCACCACGAGCUGGGGCACAUCCAGUAUGACAUGGCCUAUCACAAUCUUCCCAUGCUAUUACGAGACGGCGCCAAUGAAGGUUUUCAUGAAGCUGUGGGGGAAAUCAUGUCUCUAUCUGCAGCAACACCCAAACAUUUAUAUUCUCUUCAGCUGCUUCCAUCACUUCAAGCAAAUGAGAACGCUGAUAUAAACUUCCUGCUUAGACAAGCACUUACCAUCGUCGGCACAUUGCCAUUCACAUACAUGUUGGAGCAGUGGAGAUGGCAGGUAUUCAGAGGUGACAUCCCAAGGGACCAGUGGAUGAAGAAAUGGUGGGAAAUGAAACGAAGCCUUGUUGGUGUAAUGGAGCCUGUUCCUCGUGACGAAUCAUACUGUGAUCCUGCAGCCCUCUUCCAUGUGGCAAAUGAUUAUUCUUUCAUCAGAUAUUACACACGGACUAUAUACCAGUUCCAGUUCCAGGAUGCCCUUUGUGCAGCUGCCAAUCAUAGUGGUCCACUCUACUCUUGUGACAUCACUAACUCUACAGCUGCAGGGCUAAAAUUACGGGCCAUGUUGGAAGCAGGAAACUCAGAGCCCUGGACUGAAGCUCUGGAGAAAAUAACAGGGAAUACCAAGAUGGAUGCCAAACCUCUGCUGAACUAUUUUGCUCCGUUGUAUCAAUGGUUACAAGAAAAUAAUAAAGCCAAUAAUAGAUACGUUGGCUGGACUACCGCAUGGGACACAUACUUCGACAAUUCAUUCAAAGUGAGGAUAAGUCUCAAAGCUGCACUAGGAGAUAAUGCGUACACAUGGGACAAGAGUGAGCUUCAAUUGUUCAGGUCAACAAUUGCUUAUGCCAUAUCAAAAUUCUUUGAGUAUGAGAAGAAUGAGGCCAUACAGUUUUCAGAUGAAGAUGUCCAUAUUUUCAAUGAAACCGAAAGAAUAUCCUUCUAUUUUUACGUCACAAUGCCGCAGGAAGUUGGAAAGAUUGUACCAAAAUCUGAUGUGGAAAAAGCUGUUCGGUACUCUAAAGGACGAAUUGAUAGUGCAUUUCUGCUCAAUGACGACACCUUGGAAUUUUUGGGUAUUCCCCCAACAUUAACGGCCCCUGCUGAACAGACUGUCACAGUGUGGCUAGUGGUUUUCGGAAUAGUGGCUGGUUUGCUAGUUAUUGCUUUUGUUGCUUUACUUGUGCUUGGUCAACGAGACAAGAAAAGGAAAAGAAAAGCUGAUAGAGAAAAACAGAUGCAGUCUGCAGAAGACAAAGUUUCUGAGGUUUUGGUUGGAACCAUGGCUGAAACUAGUAAUGAUUUUCCAGUUGCAACAUAUGAAACUGAAGGGAAACUAAAUAAAGCCUUUGAUGAUGCAGAUGAACCUCAAACAGCGUUUUAAGCCACUUCCAUUCCUGGAGACAUUAAACCUUUCUCUAAGGAGUUCUUUACAACUAUAAAACACCUCUCAUUCUUGUCUUUACCUGUACAUAACCGGCCAUGAUGGAACAUCUUAUGUAGAGAGGAACCAGUGGCCGAACAAUGACAGAAAAUGCCUUAUCAGGAAAGAGAGUAUUGACUCUUUGCUGCCAGGACUGUGUGAGAAUCUUAGCCCACCUCAGCAGGGACAGCACCAAUACAAUAUUUCAUGUAUUGUAUGCAAAAUAUAUAUAAAUUGUUUACUUGUACAUAUAAAGAUGAAGUCCUUGGCACAAUGUAAUGUAAUUACUAACGUAACAUCAAUUAUAA